CCCACCUGCAGCGCCCUUGCGCGCAAGCCGGACAAGCUCACAAUCCUGAGGAUGGCCGUGGCCCACAUGAAGGCUCUCAGAGGCACCGGAAACACCAAUACUGAUGGCACGUACAAGCCGUCGUUUCUGACAGACCAAGAAUUGAAGCAUCUGAUUUUGGAGGCUGCAGAUGGCUUCCUGUUUGUAGUGACUUGCGACACGGGCCGCAUCAUCUAUGUGUCAGAUUCUGUGGCCCCGGUCCUGAAUCAGCCACAGAGCGAAUGGUUCGGCUCCUGUAUCUUUGACAAUAUACAUGCAGAGGAUGUGGAGAAGGUCCGCGAGCAGCUGUCCACGCAGGAACCUCAAAACACAGGCCGGAUCCUGGACCUCAAGACCGGCACUGUCAAGAAGGAGGGCCACCAGUCCUCCAUGCGUCUUUGCAUGGGAUCACGACGCGGGUUUAUCUGUCGCAUGAAGGUUGGCAAUAUUGCUGCUGACAACAUGGCAGUAGGACACCUGAACCGUUUGAAGCAGCGAAACAGUUUGGGGCCUUCCCGUGAUGGGCAGAACUAUGCAGUAGUUCACUGCACAGGCUACAUAAAAAAUUGGCCUCCAUCGGGCGUGCAGAUGGACCGAGGGGCAGAUGAUGAUGGCCAUGCUUCUCACUGCUGCCUUGUGGCUAUUGGACGCCUGCAGGUGACGUCAACGCCCAAUACCAGUGACCUGAGUGGUGCCAACAACAAUGCGGAGUUCAUCUCUCGUCACUCCAUGGAGGGAAAGUUCACAUUUGUGGACCAGCGUGUGAUGGCCCUUCUAGGGUAUACGCCACCUGAGCUGCUUGGGAAGUCCUGCUUUGACUUCUUCCACCCCGAAGAUCAGACGCACAUGAAGGAGAGCUUUGAACAGGUGCUCAAGCUCAAGGGGCAAGUGAUGUCCGUUAUGUACCGGUUCCGUGCCAAGAGCCGCGACUGGGUGUGGCUGCGCACAUCUGCAUUUGCGUUCCUGAACCCAUACACAGAUGAUGUGGAAUACAUUGUGUGCACCAACACCAGUGCCAAGUCUCUUCACUCUCAGCAGACGGACGGUGGGGCGGGAACAGAGCCCACGGAACAGGUGGCUGCAUACCAGCAACCCGGCCUUGACUACAGCUUGCAGCGAAGAGACACCACACCUGUGUACCCACACAUGAUAGCCUCCACGCAGCACAUCCAAAGUUCCCAGCAGCAACAGCAGCAACAGACGGCAACUGCCCGUCCAGGUUCCGCAAACGUGUACAGUAGCUAUGACCCAACACAUUCACCGAUCAGCUACAGUUCCCCUACCGCACAGCAGACUGGCUCAGGUUCUGUGUUGGGACGCAUCAGUAAGGCCAACACAACCAGCCCCACGCCUGCUCAGGCAGCCUGGAGUCUGAGACAGCCUGUGACAGAAGGGUACCAAUACAGCCAGCUGAGCCCGUCACGGUCACCCAGUGGGCCCACAUACACCCAGUUGAGUGCUGGUGCCCGGGGAGGGGCGUACCAUACCCCAACCACCGCCCCUGGCAACACAGGGAUGUGGGCGUGGCAGGGAUCUGGUCAGCCGUCGGACUCUGGCCCAGGUUCUAGCGGGUCGGCGGGACAUGCCGGAGGCUCUGGAGGCACGGUCACUGCAGGUGGGGGAGCAUCGGGGCAGGGGUCCGGGGGUCCACCACAGCAGCAGGAAUUGUCAGACAUGCUGCAGAUGUUGGAUCAAGGAGGGGCCACGUCAUUUGAAGACUUGAACAUGUUCAACACGAGCUUUGAGUAGCAGAGACUGUACACAUUCAACGUGAGCUUCGAGUAGCGUGGACUGAACGUGUGUUGUGGACCGAGAAUCUGAUUACUUCACCCCACCUGUAGCAUGAGACAUCUGUUGGCAUUGGCUCCACAUGCAUCUGCUGCGUAGGGUUGUCACGUGUUCCAGUGUGGUUACAUGCUUCAUGCAGGAAGUGUAAAUGACUCCUUAUGGCUGUUACAUAAGUGGAAUAUUCAGGUGCAGUCUCUCUUGAUCAUCCUGGCCUCUGUCUGGUGUGGGGGCACCCAUGUGACCCCUCUUGGUAGGGUGACAAUGAGGUGAAUAUCUGGAUGUGGCAGCAGAAGAAUCUGCUGGCAGAUAUCACCAGUUAUCAAACGCUGAACCCUCCUCCGGAUGUUACCGGGGGCCAUAUGGGUAGAGGAUGAUGUGCUCGAACUUGUGGAGUGCAGACGUGUGCAGAAGACAGUCUGUAUUGAGAGCUCGUGUGUUGUGAGUGUGACUCGCUGAACAGGUGAACUACAUUGGACUAGAAACUGACAACCCUGUGCAAAUAUAGCUAUGAGAACGUUGGUCAGUGUUAAGUGAUGAAGUCUACAUAUCCUGCAUAAAUGUUUUAAUAUUAUAGUUACUGUAGUCUACACACAUCUCUAAGCUAAACUCUCGCCUAGUGGCAGGGCUGUUGCAGCCUCGGCUGUGGCACUUACAUCGCAUUUGUUUAAAGUGGGAAGAACACAUUGAAUUCCAUUUUUACAGAGCUCACCGCAACGUUCCUCUUAUAUUGCAUUAUAAAUUCACUUCCUGGAAGCUGUGUGGAAAUACUCCUUCAGUACUUUGUUUCAUGAGGCAGAUUCAUUGCCUGAUCAGGAUGGUAACCUCUCAGUCUAGCGAAUCGGUAUGCUUUAUAUAUACAUAGCAGACUUUCCCACUUCCUAUGAUCCGUUAAUGCUAAGUAGCAUCUAACUUUUUGGCUGUCUUAUCAGAGAUUCUCUUCCAUCCCUGCCAGUGAAUGCACUGAAAUGGGACCUGGGACCUAGUCUCUUCUUUCCAUUUUUUAUAGUUGGUACCACUGCAGUACUGUUAAUUGUGUGUCAGGGUAAUAAAAAGUAGUGUUCUGGGUUGUGACACUGUUCAGUCCAGAGACUGUCUGACGUUCCAGGGGUCUGCUUCUUGCUGUUUACUUGCUUGGCUUAUCCCUUGACCCUGUGAAGAUGUUGGUGAUAUAUUUCUUCAAAACACAGGGCUGUCUUUAUGCUCUACAGAGUUACAACUCUGGAGGCCAGACUCAUCAUAGUUUCUGACUGCAGAACCUCAAACCCAACAAGAUAAUAAAAACAUUGAAAUACAUCAUUGCAUACAACUAAUGAAAUGCCCAUAAAAAAUUCAGUGGAAAAGUUUGGCAGUUUUCACCCCUUACUACGCCGCACCCCACUAGCCCUCCCAUUGAAGCAAUCUUCAUGUACAUUAUAGCCGAUAAAUGAUAUGAACUCCGUCCCAAGUGCAAACAAUAUAUUAUAUGUCCUUGAUCUUGCUCUCCUUUACACUACAU